AUGUCGCCAUUGGCGGUAACCACGUCGCCGGUAACUGUGGCGACAGCGGCGAAAUUAAUCGGAGCGGAGAGAGUUACUUACAAGUCCCCGGAUCCGAACGAAGAGGAGGAGUUAGAAGCCGCUUUAGGCAAGAUUAAAGCCCCUGUUCAGACCUUAACGGUGCCAACGCUCCGCAAGACUAUAGCGGAGCAUUCGCGCGUCCUUGUCGUGUUUUUCAAUAAGGAGGAUAAGGCGUUUCCGUUGCUCGUGGAUGACGUGUCCGGCGCGAAAGCGGAGUUGACAAAGCUGGGUGUGACUGUAGCGAUGGUGGAUGGAGUCGCGGCAGGCGAAGGCGUUCGCGAAGAGUUCAAGGCGUAUGGCGACAUGCCGAAUUUCGUGCUCGUCAGAGACGGAGUUUUCAGACCAAUCAGGGGCUACCCUGAGAAUGACGAGCUCAUUACCUUUGUGAAGAAACGGCUGGAGCUGUCAAUGACUCACCUCUCCACCUCAGACGCGCACAAGGCGCACUCCCUGCUCGCUGCUUCCAACGCCAUCGCCCUCGCCCUCCUGCACUCCCUCAAGUCACAGUCACUUGCUGCUUCCAGCGCCAUCGCACUCGGCCUCCUCCACUCCCUCACAGGUGGCUGGUGUGCAUCAAUCCUGCUGUCUCUCUUGCUCCUCUCUGCUCGUCUCUCUCUGCUCAUCUCUCUGCUCGUCUCUCUGCCUGCCCGUCUGCCUGUCAGUCAACCCCCUGCCCCUCACACGCACAAGGCACACUCUCUGCUCGCUGCUUUCAGCACCACCAUCGCUGUCGCCCUCCUCCACUCCCUCAAGGUUGAUUGGCGGCAGGGCGAGCAGGAAGAAGGCUCAGGGCGCAGUGGCGGCAGGGCGAGCAGGAAGAAGGCUCAGGGCGCAGUGGUGUUAAAAGAGGAGGAUCUGCUAGCCGGCGGCAGGGCGAGCAGGAAGAAGGCUCAGGGCGCAGUGGUGUUAAAAGAGGAGGAUCUGCUAGCCGGCGGCAGGGCGAGCAUGAAGAAGGCUCAGGGCGCAGUGGUGUUCCGAACUGACAACCCGCUAGCUGGAUAUAUGACGAUCCACAGGGCGAGCAUGGUGGUUAUAGGCGAGAAAACUCUCCCUCUCCAACUGUAUGUGCGUGUGCCUGCCUUGGCUCUUUCUCUCCCGACUCCCGUCACAAACUCCAUCGCCUGUCCCGUGUGUGUCUCACCUUUUGUAACAGCCGGCGGCAGGGCGAGCAUGAAGAAGGCCCAAGGAGCCGUGGUGUUCCGAACGGACGAUCCGCUAGCUGGCCGCGACUACCGCCCCAGCCAUGCCCGGAGACAACCCCGACUUCUGGGAAGGUUCCCAGUGGGACGUGCUGGGGUUCAUUGCGGAGUACCUGUGGGUGUUUGGGCAUCGUGCUGGCUCUGGCCGGGAAUACCGCCCGCCCAUGCCCGGAGACAACCCCGACUCUGGGAAGGUUCCCAGUGGGACGUGCUGGGGUGCAUUGCGGAGUACCUGUGGGUGUUCGGCAUCGUGCUGGCUGUGAGUGCCAACCAACCCCCUUGCUGUGUGUUUCCCUUUCUUUGGCGGUGA